AGAGGGAGAAACCCUACGAAUCUGCCUCUCACUGGAGUCGUCGACUAAAACAGCCAUGGGAGGCUUGAAGAGGAAAUCAUCGUCGAGUGCCAAAGCCCUAGCUAAGUCAAAGAAGAAGAAAGGUCCUCACUUGCCCAACUCAAUACUCAAGGUCAUUGCUAACCAGAAGCGUCCUUUGAACUCCGACGAAGAAGACGACGACGAUGUGAUCGGUUCCGAUGAUGAACACGGCGGCGAUUUGUACGAGUACGAAGAAGGUGUCCCUGAAGAGGAAUCCAGGAAGAACAACCGUUACGACCGCCAUGAUAACUACGACUACGAGCUUCCCGAGGAUUUCGAGGAUGAAAACGUGGAGUCAGAAGAUGAUGACGAUGGUGGGAACAGUGACAAUGAUGAAGCAGAAGGCGAUGACGAUGAUGAUGAUGAUAGACACACACGAAUGUUGCAGUCUCUCACUGGAAUGCCAAGUGCAGCCUUUGAAGGUGAGAGUAAGAGCAAGCCUGUGCUCUUUACUGAAGCAUACCCAGAGGGUGAAUUCAAUCCCACCCGCGAUGUUCUUGAGGGUAAGAACGUCCUCACUGAGGAAGACUUUCUGGCCCCUCUUGAAGGAACACCUGGAUAUCAAAAAACAAGCAAGCAGAUUGCCCGUAUGCGGAAAGAUACUAAGCAUGUUGUUCAUGCUCCUCUUCCAAAGCCCCAACGAGAAAGGCUGGAGCGUAAAGCUGUGAUAGGACUAGUCGAUGAGGAGUUUAGCAAGUGGGUGCAUCUCGUCAAGAAGAAUAGGGAGGCACCAACUGUUUACUUUAACCAAGAUGUCGAUCUUGGUUACUCUACGGUUGGCGCAAUAGCAUCAGAGUUUCAACCCAGGACUGAGUUUGAGAAGAAGAUGGCUUCUGUUCUCAAUGAUAGUGAGGUUUCUGAGGCUCACAGAGACGAUGGCGCUCGUCUUCUUGAAUUGAACGAGGUCUCUAUGGAAGACCACAUAAAGGACCAUAACCACAUUGCCAAGAUGCGGAGCCUGCUCUUCCGUCAUGAGUUCAAAAGCAAACGAAUCAAGAAGAUUAAGUCAAAGACUUACCAUCGCCUCAAAAACAAAGACCUGAAGAACUCGUCACUGGGAGCAUUAAUGGACCCGGAAAUGGCCAAAGAAGAGGCUAUGAGACAAGAGGCUAAACGAGUAGAGGAACGUAUGACGUUAAAGCACAGAAACACAGGAAAGUGGGCGAAGCGCAUGAUAAGCCGUGGACUGAAUGUGAAAUACGAUGGACCUAAGGCAGCUAUAGCCGAACAACUUCAAAUGAAUGCUAAUUUGUCCAGAAAGAUGAACUCCAUGAGAGAUGGAAGUAGCAGUGAUGAGAGCGACGAUGAGGAAGAGUUUAACGAUGGUUCAGAUGAGGACACUCCUUCUAGAUUGAUAGCAAAAGCGAAGGAAAAGACAUUGAAAGCUUUGGAAGAUGAUGAAGUGCCCAAUGCUGGUCUUAUGUCAUUACCUUUCAUGGCCCGUGCUAUGAAAAAGAAAAACGAGGAAGCUAAUGAAGAAGCUAAACGUGCACUGGAGGAGUAUGAAGAGUGGGAGAAUUCUGGUGGAGAAAACUCUAAAAAAACAGUGAAUGUUAGUGGUAGAAGAGUGUUUGGUGCAACCGCUAAAGUGGAAGCUCCAAAAGAGUCUAGAAAGGAUUCAGAUAACUUUUAUGACGACAGUGAUAGUGACAAUGAUAUGGCUGGCAUAGAAGAUAAUAACAUAGAGCCUGUAAGAGAUAAUGCCUCACCUGCUAGAAACACCAUUACAGAAGCUGAGAAGUUUGAUGAUGAUGUUGCUGGAAAUCCAGCAUCAAAGACAACAUUCGAUGUUGCCAUGUUUGCAUCAGGCUCCUGGAAGAAGAUGACAGGCUCCAAAAACACAGAAUCCAAAAAGGCAUCAAAGAAGACGCGUGCACCCAUCCCACAGGCUCAAGAUAAAAAGGGACCGAGAGAUGAAGAAAGUGGGGAUUCAGAGAGUGAAGCAGAGCAAAUGGUGGACGGAGUUUUGACAUCUGCGUCAAAGGAAACCUUUGAGGUUCCUUCUCAAGCAGAGCUUAUAAACCGUGCAUUUGCUGGUGAUGAUGUUUUGGAUGAAUUUGAGAAGGAUAAGGAAGAGGUUCUAAAUCAGGAAGUUCCUAAACCCGAAAAACCGGUUCUAGUUCCUGGUUGGGGAGAUUGGACGAAUAUCCAAAAAAAGAGAGGUAUAUCUAAACAAAUGGUUCAAAAACACGAAGCUGAAAAGAAAGAGUGGGAGCAAGGUCUCAAAACAAGGAAAGACGCUCGUCUGAAACAUGUUAUCAUAUCAGAGAAAGUCGAUAAAAAGGCUGAGAAACUUCAUACAACGACUCUACCAUUCCCUUUUACAUCAAAGGAAGUUUUCGAGCAUAGUAUGCGUAUGCCUAUAGGUCCCGAGUUUAAUCCCUCGACCAUUGUUGGGGAACUAAACCGACCAGAGGUUGUGAAGAAGACUGGGGUCAUUAUUAAGCCGGUCAAGUUCGAGGAAGUGAAUCCAAACGAUGAAGUAGAUGAUGAACACCCUCGAAACCAUCAGAAACAAAGACCCAAAAAGAAGACUAGUAGACGCCAGGGCAAAGUCAAGUCCAAGUAAACGACGAAAAGCUACCACCAGAUUUUGAUCUCAUGGUAACGAUUUUGCCUUUGUGACUUAUUUUAUUUAUAAAAUACAGACACUGUUGUUUAUUUCAGAGCUCUUCAAAACUCUUGCUCAUCUCCAUCUUCUUCCACACUCUUAUACUGUUGUCUCCAUUUCUCCAUCUAUAAAAUUUUAGCUAAUCGCAGAAAAUGACAGUUAUUGAGACCUGAUUGAGUUUAACUUAACUAAAAGACGACAUUACCUGAUA